GACCAGCUCAAACUAGUUCUGAGAAACAAAGAGCUGGGACAGAUAACAGAAAGGCACUCUGCAAGGGUGAAAGAAACACGGGUGCAAGUGGCUGUAAAGAGCUCAAACUAUCUUCGAGAAGUACGAAAUUAACCAAGUAAGAAUGCGUGGCCUGUUCUCUAUGAUCAUCUUCCUCCUGGUGGUCCUGAUGAUGGUGACCACUCAAGCAGGAAAGGAAAAGAAAGAUAAGAAGAAGUCGAAGGGCACCUCUGACUGUGCCGAGUGGACCUGGAGUCCCUGUGUGCCCAACAGUGGAGACUGUGGGGUUGGGACUCGAGAGGGCACCUGCAAGGAGCAGACCAAGAAACUUAAGUGCAAAGUCCCUUGCAACUGGAAGAAGGAGUUUGGCGCUGACUGCAAGUACAAAUUUGGUAACUGGGGUGAGUGUGACACUGCGACUGGGGUGAAGAACCGCUCUGGUACACUUAAGAAAGCUCUCUACAACGCCGAGUGUCAGCAGAACAUCAAGGUGACCAAACCCUGCCCCACAAAGACCAAAUCAAAGGCCAAAGGGAAGAAAGGAAGAGGGAAAGAGAACUAAAGAUAUCUUGAUGAUGUCGAUGGGAUUUCAUCUUCCUCUGCUUCAGGCAACAGCACAAUCUUCUUUUCACCUUCUAGCCAAACUUCCAAGACAACUGUCAUGGUGUCACUGCAGCUUAAUGAUCUGCCUCCUUUCUACAAAAAAAAUAAAAGUUUUGUAAGUCUUUUUAUGAAACCAUUGUUUCUCAUGUACAGUUCAUUUGAUUCUAAAGUAUUUUUUUAGGCUGAUUUGUAAGUGUAAUCGAUGAUUGAUGCCUCCUUGAUUGUAACAUGAUGUUAAUAAAUGUAAUGAGUCUUAUAAAGAAAUGCAUUUGGUGAAACAGUUACAAGAUUACACAGCACAUACAGUACAGGACAGAGGCAUUAUGUGUAACAAUUGACAAGAAAUCUUCAAUUAUAUAUGAAGUUUGUAUUUUCCUUUACUACCAGUUAGUGUUACUAACAACAUCAACAGGGUUUAAUUACCGGUUUAGCAGAUGGGUUGAAAGAUUAUUAUGAUUAGCAACCUCCAAAUCACUUUUUUAUGCUUUUUAGAAGACUGAAAAUAGGCAAAUAUGUGUGUAUGUCAGCUGCAAAAAUGAUGUAGGGUUUUUUUUUAAAUCCAAGGGAAUAGUAGGAUUUGACAAUUUAAAAUUGUGUAAUUUGGGAAAUAGAUCCAAUAUCGGUUUUGUAAAAUGAACUUUUUUUGAAACUUUGAAGAUGAAACAUUAAGAUGUAAUUUAGAAAUAAGAGUGCAUGUGAAUGUGUAUAUGUAUAAUAUUAGCACAUACCUAUAUACAGUACACACACAGACUUAAGUAGUAUCUUCUGAUUCAGGUAUGCGGUCAAUUGGAAAAAAAUUGUCAGGUUUUCAAUAAAAAUUCUUAAAAUACUCUCAAAA